AUGAAUUCCAAGAUAAAUGGUAAAAAAUUACCUAAAGAAAUGGAACAACGUGAUUUCUUCGAUUUAAAAGAGAUAAUGGACAAACUAUACUGGUUGCGGGCAGACCAAACUAAUGAAAAAGUUCUGUGGACAAAGAUUCACGAAAUCAAAAUGACUCAAGCCCAUCCAGAUGUUAUUUAUUUGAAGUAUAACUUUGACGAUGAGUAUAUUUCUUUAAACACUGCAUCAGACACCAGAUCUUCAAGAGGAAGACCCAAAAAGACGCCAGUGACUGAUGUUUCAAGAGAUGAAUUGAAAAAUCUGUACAGAGAGCCAAUCGCCUUACCAAAACCACUUUAUGAUGAUUUGAUGAGUCUCUGCAAAACUGAAGCAAUCCCGAUACAUUAUCAUACAUUUUAUAACAAUUUGCAUAGUGUUGGGAACUCUGAAGAAGAAAUCGAUAUUGAAAACGAAGAUUCAAAUUAA